AUGCACUUCUCCGUGAUCGUUGCUGCUGCCCUCGCCGGCCUCGCCGCCGCCCUGCCGCCUCACCAGGGCCACGACGUGAGCAAGGCUCAGAUCGCUUACACCUACGCCAACGGCACCUACACCAGGCCAACGCACAUCAAGGUCAACCAGGGCGCUCAAAAGCUGCCCUCCGGCGGCACCGUCACCGACGUCUUCGUCUCGCCCCCCUUUGACGGCCGCCACUACGUCCUCACCGAGUGCUCGUUCCAGACCCCGACCAACAAGAGCCUGGGCGCCGUCUCGGUCCGCAAGGCCAUGACUGUGCCGGUGAACCCGCCUGCUGCCGUUGGCUACGUGACUUGCAAGACCGACAACUAG